GGCAAUUAGAAUGGAUUUUAAAUUUGAAUAUACACUUCUUUUUGCCGUUACUAAUUGCACAUUCUUAAAAAUGAACUUGUCUAAUUCCAAACUACCAAGCUACAAAAUCCUCAGCCAAACAAUCUCCCGCUUGAUAAUAUCAAUAAUAGUCAAUCGAUAGCUAAUGCAAGCACCUCUUAUUUAGUCAUGAAAUUUUUGACUCAUCCAGUGCGAGACAUCCACGUGUCAAAUUUUUAUCCCCUGCUUGAGAUAAGAUGCUAUCUUCUCAGAAUCACUAGAUAAUCAUAUCCGAUAACAACCGUCGAUCGCUUCCUCUCUUCCAAUCCUAUCCGUUCAUUCUCGUCCUAAACACCUCCUUUCAAGUUUCAACGUCCAUACAUUUUCAAAACUCUCUCUCCCUCUCUCUCUCUGCGCGCAACCACGUCGCCGCUAUAAUGGCCGCCGCUCUGCAGCAGACUCCAAUCACAUUCCGUUCCCGCUCGCCGCCGUCGGCGCAACUCCAAUCGAAACCAACAAGCAAGCUCUCCCUCUCUUCAAGUUUCAAGCUCACCAGACUGACCAUCAAACCCUACCUCCGCCGCGGGGGACGUGGCGGCGCGUGCGGCGCCAGGAUGGCCAACACCGCGUCGGCGAGCUACGCCAAUGCGCUCGCCGACAUCGCCGUCGCCAAUGGCAGCCUCGCCGAGACCGCGGCGGACGUGGAGAAGCUCGUGGACAAGUUCUUCUCCGAUGAGGCGAUCAUGAGCUACUUUACCAACCCUACCGUCCGCAUCGAGGCGAAGCGGGAGAUCGUCGACGAGAUCUGCAAAUCGAUGAAUUUGCAGCCGCACGUGGCGAAUUUCUUGAACAUCCUGGUGGACAUGAAGCGUAUCGAUCUGAUAAAGGAGAUCGUGGAGGAGUUCGAUCUGAUCGUCAACAGGCUGUCGAACACGCAGGUGGCGACGGUGACGUCGGUGGUGCAGCUGGAGCCGCAGCAUCUGGCGGAGAUCGCGAAGCGCGUGCAGAAACUGACGGGGGCGAAGAAUGUUAAGAUCAAGACGAAGAUUGACGAGUCGCUGCUGGCGGGAUUCACGAUCAGGUAUGGGGAUUCAGGUUCAAAAUUGAUCGACAUGAGCGUGAAGAAGCAGCUGGAGGAGAUUGCCGCGCAGCUUGAUCUUGGCGACAUUCAGUUAGUCGGUUGAUUAUAUUGUUUUUACUUUUUUCUUUCUUUCUUUUUUUUGUAUAAUCUCCAACGCUAUAGUUUUGUAUGGAUAUAUGAAUUUUUGGGAGAAGUAUAUGUAUUUAUGGAUAUAUGAAUUCGGCGAAAAGUUUUUUCGAUAAGGAAUAAUCAUGAUA